AUGCCGGCCGUCAAGUCCCUCCUAGCAGUCUUCCUGCUCUUCGGCGCCAAUGUCCUAGCCGCGCCCGCCGAGGCAGUCGCAUCUGUCGACGAGCGUGCCGCGCUCGAGAACCCCAACGCGGACGUCGCAGCCCGCCAAGCCCCGGGCGGGCCAGGAGGGGAGGGCGACGACCUCGGGGCAACCGCGGCGUGGCGCGGGGGCCACCACUGGGACCCCUGGCGCCACCGGGGACCCUGGCACCACGGGCACCGCUGGGGCCACGGCUUCGCGGACCGGGACGCCAAGGCGGAGGACGACGUCGCGGCCCCGCAGCUUUCUGCGAGGGACGAGAAGGAAGACGACGCGAAGAAGGCGGAGGCGGAGCAUGACGGAGACGAGGUGGAUGCGUACCGCUACGGACCUGGUGGUUACGGCGGCGGUUAUCGCGGCGGAUACGGUGGUGGUUGGGGCGGACGCGGCGGAUACGGUGGCGGUUGGGGCGGACACGGUGGUGGCUGGGGUGGACGCGGUGGUGGCUGGGGCGGACGUGGUGGUGGUUGGGGCGGUCACAAGAGGGAUGAGAUGGAGGAGCGGAGUUAUGGACAUGGACAUGGUGGUGGUCGUGGUGGUGGUCGUGGUGGUGGUCGUGGUGGUGGCCGUGGCGGCCGUGGCGGCGAGUAAAUAGUCAGCCUAUUGGUCUAUGACAAAAAGGGGGUUAAUAGGAGAAUUGGGGGAAAUAGGUUCUGGGGAAAUUGAGAUGAUGGGAUAAUUAGUGAAAAGAAUACACAGGACAAAUAUUUAUUCGCAAUAUAUCAUACAGAUUUUACUAUCAAAA